AUCUCCACGUCAAUAAUGUUUGGAUGUUUGAUCAGUAUGGAAAGUUACUGAAUAUUAUCAUCCUCAGCUAUCAGAUGGAACAACAAUGGCCUUGGCUGCCACAUUAGCUGGAUGUACUGAGGCUAUACUUUGCCCAUUUGAACGUAUCCAAACUGUGUUGCAAGAUAAGAAAUUCCAUGGCAAGUACAAAAACAGCUUACAUAUAGCCCAAGAUCUGUGGAAGUUUGGAGUGAGGGAAUAUUACCGUGGAAUGGUUUCCAUCCUCCUGCGCAAUGGACCAAGCAAUAUUCUCUUUUUUGGUCUUAGAACAGAUAUCAAAGAAAGGCUGCCUGAUCCUGGCCAAGCCUGGUGGGGUCAUAUAAUAACCGACUUUGUAUCUGGUGCCUUCCUGGGAGCGUUCAUCUCUACUGUCAUGUAUCCUAUUAACGUCAUCAAAGCUCACCAACAGUGUCAGGUGGGUGGACCAUUCCAGACCAUGCGUGGAACAUUUUGGCACAUCUAUCAUGCUCGAGGAAGUCGAUUUAGCAGACUUUUUAGUGGUGCUCAUGUAAAUUAUACUCGUGCCCUUGUGUCUUGGGGUAUCAUCAAUGCUUCAUAUGAAAUGCUACACAAAUUGUUUUACAGUUAACAGUAUAAGAACAUUAGUGGGAAAUUGUAUUUUAGUACUACCAUCCAUGUUAUUCAAAAUUUUUGAGAUGUCCUUUGAAGGUUUGCAAUUUUUUCAGAUUAUGAAUAAGAAACUUUUCUUGUGAGAGAAUACAGUAUGAAUGUGUCUUUUCCACAUGCUUAAUGUUUCUUUGGAUAUGACCAGGUAGAAAUGCAUUUGUUUGUAUAUAAUUGUAGUGAAAACUUAAGAGCUACAAGAUAUGUGAAUAGAUUGUAAAGUUACAAAACUACAUAGAGUGUACAAUUUUCAGGACGUAUAAGGGGAGGAAAAAUUGAAUCUGUGCUUUUCCUCGAUGUAUUAGAAGCAUUAUUUUAAAUAUUACUUGAAAAAGGUAUAAAAAUAAUGCUUCUCAUCUGUUCAGCAUUUUAAAUAUGUUAAUUUUGGGUUAUUUGACGCAAGUUAAUAAUACCUGGUACUAACCAUGAUGAGAUUAUACAACGUGAAAGUGAGAACCUUAAUAAUCUUAAUUGUCUGACUGCCUUUUAGAAUGGAUAAUCCAUAAUUAAAUCAUAAUGCUAAACUUGCAUCAUCAAAAGAAUUCUAUAUGAAUUUUCAUUUAAAUAAUUACAUUUUUUAGUAUCAUAUUGAAAAUUUUAUUGCAAUGUACAGUAUCAGUUUUUUAGUAAUACUAUAAUUAAAAUAUUUCCAGUACUGUAUUGCACUUCAACAUUGUAUGAUCCAUUAUACAUCAUGAUAGCUACAUCUGUACCCCAUCAGUGUAUUGUAUUAACAUUUUAAUUAAAAGACUUUCAAAAAUUAGAUGUAAAAAAUACAUGAAAGUUAUCUGUUUAUAGUUUUACAGUGUAUUAUAAAUUAAAUGUUAAGUUAGAUAAAAGUAACUAACAAAAUUAAAAUUUUCACUAUUCAGCUGUUGCAACUAUGUUGCAGUAAUAAAUUAAGGUAAAAUGAAAGAUGCUUUUAACUGGGUGAAUAUUUUAACAUAUUUUGUACAUAUUGGAGAAGAAUGUGCCAGAUAUGAGGUAUGCUACUCAAAUAAUGCUACU